AUGUCUAAUAGUGAAUAUGAUACAAAUAUACAAUUAAAAUAUUUAAAACAUAUUGGACAUGACAAUUGUGUUAUUUGUGUAAGGGUCUCACUAAAUACCAAAUCUUUAAGAGGGUGUGAUGUCUUAAUCUUUUUGGCCUUGUCUUAAUAAAAACCAUCCACUAAUUAUAGAGAAUAUAAUGUUGGAUCCUUCUUAUUCAAUUUCAAAUAUUCACAAAAUGUCGAUGUAAAACUAUAUGUGUUUGAUGUUACUUUUGGUUCUUAGAUGUCUGAUUGUGUUCCACAACAAAAAUACUUUUAAAAAAAAGAAACCUUUCUAUUCUUAGCCAUUUUGGCAGUAAAAAAAUUAAAAAUGAUUUUUAAUGGUAAUCAAUUAGCCAAUACAAUUUUAAAAACUCUUCGUAUUACUUCAGAAAUAAAGCCGAAAUUGGGAAUCUGUUUAGUUGGAGAUUCCCCAGCAUCAAAAUCUUAUGUGAAUCGAAAACUCAAAGCCUGCCAGGAAAUUAAUGUUGAUGCAGAAGUAUUUAAUUUUUCAGAGAAUGUUGGGUAGGAGUAAUUGAUUAAACAUAUCUAAUAAAUGAAUCAUGACGGUAUAUUAGUGUAAUUGCCAUUACCAUCACAUCUGAAUAAGUUGGACAUCAUACACUCAAUUCCCUAUGAAAAAGAUGUGGAUUGUUUACAUAUGCAUAACUUAUAAAGAAUAUUAGUUUAUGGAGAAUUAUGCGAGAUGUUACCAUGCACUCCAGCAGCUGUAUUAUAGAUUUUAGAUUAUUAUGAUGUGAAUGUGAUUGGCAAGAAAGUGACUAUGAUAGGUAGAAGCUUCUUAGUUGGACUGCCAUUGUCUUUAUUGUUACAAAAAAGAAAUGCCACAGUCACUGUUUGUCAUAGGGAAACAUUAAAUUUAGAUUAACAUAUUAUGAAUGCAGAUAUUGUAAUAAGUGCUGCUGGACAUCCAAAACUAGUUAGAAAUGUGAAGUAAGGAGCAAUAGUAAUUGAUGUUGGAAUCUCAUAAGGGGAAAAGAAAGGCAAGAUUGUUGGGGAUGUUGAUUUUGAUGUAGUCAAAAAUUAGGCAUCGCUUAUUACUCCUGUUCCUGGAGGUGUGGGACCAAUGACUGUGUGUAUGUUGAUGAGGAAUCUAUGCAAUAUUUGGAAGAAGAAAUAAGGAUAGCCAGUGUACAUCAAUCCGAAAUUGAGUGAUGCUUAUUUGAAUGAUUGA